CGACACCCCGCCGGCCACGCCCCCUCCUUUCCACACUGUGCACCCUUGUGUCUCUCCCGAGGACGCCUCUGCCCCCCCGCCCCCUCCUGCGGUCAUCCAUAUACGAGCCAUCACUCGCUCGCACCUUGUUGGCCCCCACCUACACAGCACCCUCCCACACCCACACACGCGCGCGCACAAGUGUCAUGGUCAUUGCCGAUACCAUGAGCCAAACGAAUGACUUCCACCAGUUCUCCAUCGACAUGAAGGAUGGCAUGUCGGCCCCGGAGCUCAUGGCCCAGGGCGGCCUCACUUACAAUGACUUCCUGGUUUUGCCGGGGUUCAUCGACUUCGCCGCGCCCGAGGUGGACAUCUCCUCGCGCUUGACUCGCAACAUCACCCUCAAGUCGCCGUUCGUCUCCUCGCCGAUGGACACCGUCACCGGCGGCAAGAUGGCCAUCGCCCUGGCCCUGGCUGGCGGCAUCGGCAUCAUUCACCACAACUGCUCCAUCGACGAGCAGGUGGCCAUGCUCGAGGAGGUGGCCCGGUACAUUUGGGGCGCGGAGAUUGCCCCGGUGGUGGCCUACCCCGGCAUGACGGCCGGCGAGCUGCGCCUCGGCAACCCGGAGCACACCCAGUACUCGUGGAUCCCGGUGACCCCCACCGGCGAGGUGGACGCCCCGCUGGUGGGCAUCCUCCCGGCCAAGGCCCUGGCUAGCCUGGCCGAGGAUGCCCCGAUCGAUGGCAUCCUCGAGCCUGUCCCGGCCGAGCUGGCCCUGGCCGAAGAGGCCCUCGGGUCGGAUCACCUGGGCCUCUUCCUCCAGCGGGAGUCGGUCGCCGCCCAGGGCGCCACGCACCUGUUUGUCCUCGGCCCGGGGAACACCCUGCGGGCGGCCCUCUCGCGGGCACUCCUCCAGCGCCUGGCCACCCUCCACCCGGAGGGCCAGCCGGCCGCCGGGCAGCGUCUGCUGGUGGGGGCCUCGAUCAGCACUCGCGAGCUGGACUGGCAGCGCUUUGUCGCCAUUGCCCCGCUCAUCCGGGUGGUGGUCAUCGACUCGUCGCAGGGGAACUCCACCUGGCAGGUGGACCUCAUCCGCCGGAUCAAGGCCGCCUAUCCCGGCGGCCAGGUGGAUGUCAUCGCCGGGAAUGUGGUCACUCGCGGCCAGUGCCAGGCCCUGAUCGCGGCCGGGGCGGAUGCCCUGCGCGUGGGCAUGGGGUCCGGCUCGAUCUGCAUCACCCAGGAGGUCCUGGCAUGCGGCCGGCCCCAGGGCUCGGCGGUGUUCCACUGCGCCCACGCCGGGCACCUGAAUGGCCGGGUGCCGGUCAUCGCCGAUGGCGGCAUCUCCAACCUCGGGCACAUUGCCAAGGCCCUGGCCCUGGGCGCGUCGUCGGCCAUGAUGGGGUCCUUCCUGGCCGGGACCACCGAGGCCCCGGGGCGGUUCUUCUUCACCCCGGAGGGCGUCCGUGUCAAGACCUAUCGCGGCAUGGGCUCGCUCGAGGCCAUGGAGGCCAACUCCAAUGCCAAGAGCCGGUACUUCUCGGAUGCCGCCGACAAGUCCGGCGGCGCGACCCCUGUGCUGGUGGAUGCGCUUGAUGAUGACGCUGCUGCCGCUGCCGCUGCCGCUGCCGCUGCCGCUGCCGCUGCCGCUGCCGCUGCCGCCGCCCCCAAGCGCACCCUCGUGGCUCAGGGUGUCUCUGGGGCCCUCAAGGACAAGGGGUCGGUCCUGGACCUGCUCUUCUACCUGCGCGAUGGGCUGCAGCACUCCUUCCAGGACUUUGGCGUUCGCAGCACCGAGCAGCUCCACGAGAAGCUCUACUCGUGCGAUCUGCGCUUCGAGCGCCGGACCGGUGCGGCCAUCUACGAGGGCGGUGUCCACGGUCUGCACUCCUACGAGAAGCGUCUUUUCAAGUGA